CUUCAUGCAGCCGGAGCUUGGCGGCAGGAUCUGCAGCUGCAGCUGGCAGGUGGGGUGGGGGUCGGCGGGAGCUGACCACGCACACGGCCCAGCUCCGCGGGACCGCGGCCCGGACUUGCGGCCGCGGGGGACACGCACUGACUCGUCCAGGGGAAGUUGUCUGACUCUGACAAGACCUGAUUUCCUCCAAAGAAGCAAUUUCUAAAAAAAUUCUGAAGCAUAUCUCCAAGAAAAAAGAAAAUCAAUGAAUUAAGAACAAGAAGGUUUCCAAUGAGUCCCUGCUAUGUGGAUAUUUGUUAGCAAUGACUGAUGUGGAAACUACCUAUGCAGAUUUUAUUGCUUCAGGAAGAACAGGUAGAAGAAAUGCAAUACAUGAUAUCCUGGUUUCCUCUGCAAGUGGUAACAGCAAUGAAUUAGCGCUGAAAUUAGCUGGUCUUGAUAUCAACAAGACAGAAGGCGAAGAUGAUGCACAACGAAAUUCAACAGAACAAAGCGGGGAAGCCCAGGGUGAAGCAGCAAAAUCUGAAAGCUAACCCCCCACUUUGACCUUCAACAACACCUGACAACAUGGCAAAUCUCCAGGCAUUGCUGGAGUGAAUGUGUUUCCAUGAGCAAAAUGGGGAAAAAGAAAAUGGCUGUGCUGCAUCACAGGAACCUGCUCAUUAUUAUCUUAAAAAUGGAGGCAGAGGCUGUGACUGCAGACAGACUUUUCUCUACCUCUGUCUUUAGUAAUGGUUGAAACUAUGUGGCUUGUGUUUGGAUGUCAUUUUUGUAUGGAUCCUUUCACUUGACCAUGUGAUGAAAUGCUUGUAGAGAGUAGCACUGACCUAGAUGAUGAUUCCUGUAGCAUCUGGCCCCUCACAAUGUCAGAGGAUUUAAUUGUGUCUAAUUGCAAAGGGUUGGUUGAACCCCAGAGUUUAAAUAUCUCUGGCUCAAGUAUUUACCCAGUAAAAGAACCAUCCAGAAAGCACUGUUUUUAGCAUUAUGUACCUGUGUGUUACUGCUGUGUUACUUACACUGUUUUGUAUUGUACAGUAUAGACACUCAGCACUGCCCCAUUCUUUGAUUGCUUAUUGAAAACAAAAAUGAUGUACAUUACUGUGAAUUUUUAUACCACUCAUUUUUAAAGGGCUGUCUUUUUUUUUUCAUAGUGUGGUGGUGUGCACAGAACAGAACACAUUUUUAAAGAAUGUAAUCUUUCCUCUUGAUCAUUAUAUAAUGAUGAAUUUAAUCUAACAGAUCCAUCAAAUCCUUUGCUUGAUUAUACAGACACUUGAAAAUAUCCAUUAAUGUGAAUAUCACUUGAAUUCAGUCUGUUUGGUGUCUGUACAGACUGAAAUUUAAUCUGUCGAUUUUCUUUUAUGUCCAAAUGGGAAUUUUUUCCCAUCUAAUAUUUUUAUUGUUAGUUAUGAAAAUGUGGAGGAAUUGAGUAGAUAAGAAAAGCCAAGAUAAUCCUAAGAACUGAAAAUAUUUUUCUCUAUAUAAUCAAAUUUCCCAUUAGUGUGAUAUGCUACUAUUUAAAUUUGGAGAAAAACUCGCCUCCACUAGGCUGAAAAGGAUGGAAAAGUGAUCUCUUUGCAAUCAUGUGGACACCAAUCACAAAAGUAAAGCCCUCAUGUCAUGUUUUUCAUGUCUUUUUUCAGCCCUAUCAGAUCCAAAUGUUAUUAUGCACUUUUUAAUGUUUGUAAACUUUUAAUAUAUUUAGUGUGAACUGAAUUGUAAUUAUCAUCAUUAGAAGCUAACAAAAUUUUCACUGAUACUGUAGAUGACCUAUGCUGUGUUUUGACACCAUGAUUCUUCUAUGGAAACAUUUUGUGAGCUGUGUAAUCCCUCUGGUCAGUAUUUUGAAAUCAUUUAUUAGUAGUAAUAAAUAAGGAAUCAGUAAUUUACAAGUGGUAUAUGUAUUAAUGGACAAAUAACAUAACGGGAAACCUCUUUGCAAUAAAGAGCCCACUUAGCUGUCCUGAAGGCUUAGAUACAAUUCUAGGUGAUGUAGAUAGAUCAGCAUUUCAACAGGUAAUCUGUGUGGUUAUGCUAGGAAUUCAGCCUUUCUCUAGUUACAGAAAUUAAGUCUGCUCAUAUCUCCAUUAUGGCAAUGUUUACUAUCUGGGAGAAGAGCAUGGGUGUUAUUUGAUUCUGAAUCAGAUGAUACUGCCAAAAAAAGAAAGAGAAAGAAAGAAAGAGAGAGAGAGAGAGAGAGAGAGAGAGAGAGAGAGAGAGAGAGAGAGAGAGAUAGCAAUAUGAGCCUCUCUAAGAACAAAAAGAAGAUUGAUUAAAUUUUAGAUUACUUCUUCCUAACAUCCCCAUCAGCAGGAAAAUUUUUUUAAAAUUCACCUAUUAAUAGAGUCAUCUAUGAAUACAAGUUCCUGGGGGACAAGUUCUUGUGGUCUGUUUCAAAUAUCCAUCCUAACAAAAUUGGUUUUUCUUGACUUCAUUUAAUGUCUUGAUAGCUUUCUUGUGAAUCUAAAGUUUUCUUCUUUCUAAAAUUGUGGAAUUCCAAACUGAUUUCAUGUAAUUUUGUAAAGUUUAGAACCAGUGCUGAGUAUAUGUGAAAGGUUUAUAUUCAGAUAUGAUACAUUAUUAUUAAUGCAUGUAGUGCCAAGCUUGUCUUUGAAUAUAUAAUUAGUGCUAAAUGGUGAAGUCAUAUGGAGCUUUUGAUUUAGUUUGACCUCUCACUGCUACUUUGUCUGCGAUCUUGAAACUCAGAGGCAUCCCAGCUGGGAAGAUACAAACUGACUUUCCAAAAUGUUUACAUUCUAUAAAUUUUGCUUAGCUAAAGUAUACAGUAUUUUUCAAAUUUUGCCUUUAUGCCCUCCUCACCUUUUUGUUUUGCAAGAUUAUAAUACAUACAGAGCUGAUUUUUAAGAAGACAUGGAAACUGAGGCAAUGAUAUGACAAUCGUCAUUGAAAGUAUUCUAACAAACUAUCCCUAUGGUAAUCAUUUUGUAGCACAUGCAGCACAUAUUCUCACAUUUCAUCCACAAACAAUUCUAUUAGAAUGAUUUAUCGGAUUUGACAUAUUAGGGAAUUAAUACUCAAAAAUUCAUAGUUUUACCGCACCUAAAAAGCUAACAAAUGAUGAAAUUAAUAUCUGAGUCAUGUUUGUCUUCAAGAAACUUUCCACAGCACAGGGCAUAAAAUUAAAGGCAGCUAUAGAGAAUAUUUAUGUGGAAGAGAAAUUCUAGAAUUGACAGAGCCACAUUUUAGAAAAGAAAACAGAAUUACAGAAAGAAAUUGUCUUUUUUCAAGGUUACCUGAGUGAUAUACAUAACUAAAUCCUAGAAAAUGUACUUUAAAAAAUUAUAACUUAUUUUGCAAGGAAUGUUUCCCAGAAGAUAUAUUUCUGGCAAUGGUCUGUAAUUUUAGCAUGGUUCAGAUUGCUUAUGUUCUAUGCUUUUCUUUUUCAUAAUUACCUAAAACCUGUAAAUUUCAGUUUUUGAGUCAUUUGCAACAUUAGAGCUUGUCAAGUUUACCUUUUCUCAUGUAUGCAUCCAAUGCCAAUAUAUAUUUACCUUGAAGUUCACAGAAAUGUUUUCCCAAUCAAUGAUAGUAACCUAGCCUGUAAUUUCUAGGUGAUAUGAUACUCUCCAAAGAAACCCACUAUAAAUGUUUUAUACAUGAGUCUUAUUCAGACAUUAUGAUACUGAGCCAUUUUAUGAGAUGAACAAUAUUGCCAUGUCUCCUAUACAAUAAUGGAUAAAGAAAUGUAACUGUUUGGCAGUUUCUGAGUGAACCUGUAAUAUUAAGGAGAAACUGUGUAGUUAUCAAGUAUAACAGAAAAGAUCUAUAAUUUAUGUCGUGAUAUGCCCUAAAUUGUUCUUUGAUUAAAAGUGGCAGCCUCUGAAAUCAUUUGUGAGCUUGUAUCACUUUUGUAUUUAGCAAUGUUGCAUGCUCACAUAAUUGAUAUUAAAAGUAACACAUUUUUCUGAAAUGUA